UCCCUCAAACCUCCAAAGGCUCACCACAAAGCCACCAUGGUCGUCUCCUUAGCUCCCGGCAAGUUCUACAGCGGCAGGCUCCCCCGGCCCCGCCUCUACGACGACGUGAAACUCAACGGGCACCGCGUCGAUCUGCCGUUGUCCGUUUUGGACCCCUUGGUCUCCUGGGCUCAUCAAGCACACUGGUCUAUGGGUGGCCUCAGCUUCACGCGCCACCGUCUCCACGGCCGCAUCGAGGGCUGCAUCAAGAAGCUCCGUGCCCAGAGCGAGGAGAUCCUGAAAAUAGAACAGGGCUGUAUCACCUCUAACGACGCCUGCCCCGGCGGUACCGGUGAAGAUGCGGCGGCUGCUGCCCGUGGAAGCGAGGUUGGCGUUCGACAGGGCAUAGCGAGGAAGAUUGGGGACCACUUCGAUCGGGUGGCUUCAGGGAGUGCGAGCGAGAGAAGAGCGAAGAGAAGCAAGAGGAGUGUAGAAUUUAGAAUAAGGAAUUUGUUUGAAAUUUUAUUUUCAUGA